UAUAUUACUUCUGCAGCUCCAACACCAUCAACGCCGGGUGCUUGUAGUGCAGAUGAAUGGCAAUGUGAUAACGGAAAAUGUAUUAAUGCAGAAUUCAAAUGUGAUGGACUCUUGGAUUGUAUCGAUAAUUCAGACGAAACUGAAAAGAAUUGUCCUUUAGAAAGUGUUGGUUCCGAAAAUGUUUCUGAAAAUCUUCCAUUUCUCCCAGAAGUUCAGGCUACAAAUACUUCAAGUCAUUCACCAGUUGUAUGGAAUGAAUUACACAAGACGGCUCAUUUGGCUUGCACAAAUUAUUCGAAUCUCCCAAUGCAAAUCCCUCAACGAACUGAAUUUACUCCACGAAUUUACGGUGGUGUAAUAGCUAAAAGAGGCGAAUUUCCUUGGAUGGCUGCUCUGGGAUAUAUCAAUAUUAAUCCAGGUGGGAUUACUUAUGACUGUGGCGGAACAAUCAUAUCAGCAUAUUUCGUCUUGACAGCUGGACACUGUGCGACCCCAAAUCGUUCUCCGAUUUUGGUUAAGUUGGGAAAAAUUGAUUUGACUGAUGACAUUGAUACCACAAAUUAUGAAAUACAGAAAAUUGUUCGUCAUCCAGAUUAUUCGCGCCUAAAAAAUGAUAUCGCAUUAAUUAGAGUGAAGAACUCUAUUUCGUUUACAACUGAAAUUAGACCAGUGUGCUUGCAUAUGCCGGAAUAUGAUAUAAACUUUGAAGAAGAUCUUACUCUACCCGGCUGGGGUAAAACUGAAUCUAAUAAGAAAUCGAACUAUCUACUCAAGACCAAACUGAAAAUGAUGCCGCUGUCCGAAUGCAAUGAAACAAUAAAACUUUAUUGGCGAGAAGGGAUUAACGAAAGGCACUAUUGUGCAUAUGAUCCGCUAGGGAAAAAUGAUGCUUGUGAAGGAGAUAGUGGAGGUCCUCUUCAAUACUUCAAUAGUGAUUCAAACAUAACCACAGUAGUUGGAAUCGUUUCGUCUGGUAAUGGUUGUGGCGGGCUUGGUAUUUAUACUCGAGUUGCAUAUUAUUUGGGAUGGAUCGAAUCAAUCGUUUGGCCACAUAAUGAACAACAGUCCAAUUAGUUAAUAUUAUUUGCAUAAAAAUAAUGAUCAGCAAUAAAAAAUGCAUUCUACGUAACUUUUCACUUACUUCGCGUUUGUUCUUCACGUUUAAAUGGAA